AUGCCUGAAAAGAAGAUCCUAACAGCAGAUAAGGACCUUUUUCUUCGUCAUGCUACUGCACUGUAUGAAUGCUGGAAUGCAGGUUCGUAUGGUCUCGGUGAUGUUGAGGGGCUCAUGGUCAUGGUAGGCCAGGAUGAAGGAGCGGUGCAUUACUCAAAAUCGAAAGCAAAACUGCUGGAUACGCUCAUGAUUUUUACUAAAAAAGGUAUUUAUGCCUUGGCCAGCAACAGGAAAGCUGACUAUUUCAACAGCGUUAAAUCAGAUGAAUUUGUCGGAGUUGUACCUCCUGUAACCCCGAUCCACAGAGACAAAACUUGCAACGAUUGGCAGAAGGCUUCCGCUGACGUCGAAAAGGGAGCAGAUGAGGAGCGCAAUUUACGACGAGCAUCUCUAGCACUGACUCAUCAAAAUAACAAAUUCAAUCUUGGCGCUGUUCCCGAUGACAUCAGUGGAGAAAAUUCGUUCUUCAUAUAUGCAAGCAAAUAAAUAAUAUGGGCCAACUGCCACUGCAAUUUAAACUGUUC